AGCAGGUGUCCAAACGGCGAAUGUUCGUGGUAGCGCCGAGUCCGAUUCGCAACGCACUCGCAACGCGUCUCUUCAACCGCGCGAUGCGGACACCUACAAUCGCGCCACUUCUAAGAUUUCGAUACGUCAACUUUUUGAGCGCGCUUGCAGAUGUUUGACUCGAAACCGAGACGAGAGAAAUCGAAGUUGUCGCCCCAAAUGGAAACAAACAAUGGCAAUAAGCAUUAUGGUCAAUGGCCGUGAAGAGAUCCGCUAUGGCGUCGUGUUGUUCGACCCACAGUGCGAAGAAGACAUCGUCUCUUCAGAUUUCGCAACCAAGCUCGAUCCGCAGCUCAGAUUCUCUGCUGGAAUACCUUUCGCGACCACCAUACUGGGUGGUAUUAUCGAGAGCAUUGGCGAGCUAGAUGCACGAUGGGCGCCUGCCAGCAUUCAAACUGGACGGCAGUCUUUAAGGAGUCCUAAUUUUCGGUCGCGCUUCGAGGAGUCACACUGCUACAUCGUUCAGUCAGAUCAUUUCGACUUCAUCGUAGGCGCGAAGACCAUCGAUAGACUUCACCUGUUUGAGUCUCGCAAUCCCAUGGUUGCUGCUUUCAGGGGCCUGUCUCACGAAUCGAACGCCGAUAUUAUCUCGCAAGAACAGAAAGACGCUGAUGAACGACGGAAGAAGGCGAAGGAAGAGUCACUUCGGUAUAGACAACAGAAACUCCAAAACAAGCCGCGUAGUCCCCCCUAAUCAACCGCCACAUCACCGCACCGCCUCCACGAUGACACCCAACGCACUUCAGCCUGAACUUGAUUCAUUACCCAGAUCAGAUCUCGUUUACUUCAGUUCCGCCAAGGGGCAGAUCUGGGUACCGAAAGUCGUGAGGGGUUUGAAUAUUUUUCGGCUGUACUGUUGUCCCACGUAUACGGAGGUCCAGGUCAUGAGAUAUAGUCUGUUUUCGCGUAUUAUAUCUUGGGGAGACAAAGGGUUGUACGAUAUUUAUGAUAAGAUGUCUUGUGUUGUAACGCGUUCUUAUCGCAGCAGAACUUCUUAUUUCUUGUCCGUUGUCAGGAAUUCGCGCAGCAUAGUUGGGCAGCGGCGUCGCACACAUUCUGUUUGGGUUUCAUCCCUCGAGAUCGGACGUACGCUUUUCUAUAGAUUUCUACUAACUUUUCAGCACAA